AUGACGACCUCUUCUAUAAAGACCGUUACAUCAGAUCUCGAACGAAAAAGCCUUGAUUCGGAUAUCAAGGAUGGUGAUUAUGCAUCAUCACCAACAGCCACUGCUACCAUUACAAAUCGAAGACGCUCGGCCAAUAGCGAGGUUGAUCAUGCAACAACAACAACGACGUAUCCACGCAUUGCAGAGUCCGCCCCUUUCCCCGCUCUUGGAAGUGUAAAUGAAGUGAGCCGGAUCAUGAGCCGAGAAAGUGGAGUCCAAGCACAACCUAAAAACGAUAAUGCAAGCAUUGCAACUGAAAAAGGAGGAGACGCAAAUGAAAAACCAUGGGAGGUACCGAUAGAAACAGAAGGAUGGAGAAAUCCAGGUUGGUUUGCAGUGCUUGCAACCUUCCUAGUCAACUUUACCGUCUUUGGGAAUUCAUUCUCAUGGGGUAAUUUUCAACGAUUAUAUCUCGAAGAAGUGUAUGCGGAAAGCACAACUCAAUUUGGCAUCUCGUUUAUUGGCACAAUGGCCAACUCUUUACUCAUAUCAUUGGGCGUAUUUUUGACACCAAUCAUUAGUCGAUUUGGAUAUCGUGCUACAAUGGCCGUUGGCGCCAUUGUGUGUCCAUUGGGAAUGGUACUUGCAAGCUUCACAACAUCCUUGUGGCAAUUAUACAUUUGCCAGGGCCUUCUCGUAGGCAUAGGAGGUGCAUUCGUAUUCUCACCUUCUAUUACCUUGCCACCGCAAUGGUUUACCAAGAGAAGAGGAUUAGCUGCCGGGAUCGCAGUGAGCGGAUCAGGGAUCGGUGGUGUCGCAUUAUCCCCGUUGACAGUGCGCCUUAUUGAUGAGCUUGGAUAUCGUAUGGCAUUGCGUGUACUUGGUUGCAUUUAUUUCGGCAUCCUUGUUAUAGCCAUUAUCUUUGCAAAGAGUCGCUUUCGACCAGCACCUUCAAACACUGGUUCCAAAGGUCUUGAUGCAUUCUUUGAUCCUUCGAUGCUUUCAUGGAAGUUCUUUUUACUCGCGUUAUUUUGUUUCCUUGUACCAUUUGGAUACAUAGCUCCAUUCUUCCUUGCUCCUACGUAUGCUUCAAAUGUGCUCCUUGCCGAUGCUUCUACUGGUUCUACGCUCGUAUCCAUCAUGUCAGGAAUGAAUUCAGUCUGCCGGAUUACCCUGGGAUUUUUGGCCGAUCAUACGGGUCGUCUCAACACCAUGUUUGGAUGCACAUUCCUUGCAGGCAUCUUUACAAUGGUUGUGUGGCAAUUUGCCAAUUCAUAUGGGGCCUUUGUUGCAUUUUGUGUUCUUUAUGGGCUCACUGGCGGUGGAUUUGUGUCAUUGUUCCCUGUGGUGACUGCAGAGAUCGUUGGUAUAGAGCAUAUCCAAAAAGGUCUCAGCACGUGCUAUUUCCUCACCAUCUUUGGAAACCUCCUUGGGACGCCUUUGAUAGGUUUGCUACAGACUUCAAAAGGAUGGACAGCUGCCAUCCAGUUCGCUGGUGCUCCCACUGUGGCAGCUGCGUUGGUCAUGCUAUAUCUUCGCUUCAUUGUCAACAAGAAGGUCUUUGCCGUUGUAUGA